UCAGAAUACACAUUGUACGUGGUUCUCAUUGGGAUUAUUCUGUGGACGUAGCAGAUAAAUCGAGUGCAGAGAUUAGUAUGUGACUCUGUUGUUCAAACAGCAGUGGAAUCCGAUAAGGGGAGCAGUUUAUCAGUCUGAUCGUUGAUCUAUUUGAAAUGUGACGUUAGGUCGACUGCACAAUAUGUCAUACAUGUAGCACAAAGAGUGGUGAAACUAGUGACACACUGCAGUUGCUACACAGGGACUCAUUCCAGUCGUUCACAUGUCCUUAGAUGACCGAAAUUAAGGCCGCCCUUUUUUAAGGUCGACAAGGUAAAGGCUAGAGAUAGCCCAACAAUCCCAGACGGGUCGGAGCCGAGGAACCCCUAACUACGUGGUCUACUGGGAUUGAUCGACAUGUCUGAAAGGACAAACCGAACGCCGGUCAAAUGUACAGACAGUAUUAAAGUGACAAUUUGGUAAAAGACACUUUAAGACCAAGGAUGCGAAAGUCCAGUGCAGUAAAACCGACUAGAGGAAGAUCAUAACUCUGUCAUUCGAGCGCUGUUAUUUAAACACCCCGAACACGGAAGUUGUGUUGAUAAUACUAAGGUCAAUGCACGGCGGGCAAAUUUAACGCAACACUCCAUGCUAAAGUAGACAUUACAAGCGUUGGACUGACAUACUCUCAUAAUGUUAAUGGCUGAGAAGAAUCUUAACAAUAAGCAAAUAUUUCUCUACCAAGGAUUAUAACAAUUCCACUGACACUACUGAAUACAAAAAUAAGCAGAAAAGCCCUCUGACUUGCAAUUUGGCACCCUGUGUAAAAAGGGAAAAAGAGGGCGGAGGAGUUUCACUGCAUAGUGACCGCUGGAGACGUGAGGCUAUGUUCCGCAGGGUGGCCACUCGGUUCUCCCACGGGACCCACUGGGACCUGGGGAUGGUAAUUUAUCACGAGAAGAUGGUCUCUCAGUCCCUGCGUAAAAUGAUAGAAGCUAAGAGACAAGCGUCCACACACCUUGCUAAAUGGCUGAAGAGUGAGGCCAACUCUGGACUGAGAGAUUUGUUCAUGACGAUGUACGAAGUAGACACGCUGUGGACAGAGCUGCUUGAUAACUAUAUGGAACAGUACGAACAUUAUAGAAAACAGUUCAAAGAAAUUUUAACGGAAACCAAAGAAGUUGACGAAGCCAGGAAAAAUUACUUGGAGCUCAAAGGAAAAACAAACAAAUUGGAGAAACAGUUGGAUCAUUUGAUGAAGAAAGGAGAGGGUCGGAAACUUGAAAGCACGCAGUUAGAAUACAUAAAGGCUAAAUCACUGGUAGAGGAAAGUCAGCUGGACUUGGAGGCCAAAACGGAUGCUCUCAACAUAAAUAAGCACUGCAAGGCACGUGAGGCAGUCAGGGUGCUGGCCGAAGCUAACCGAGUCCUGCACGAGAAUGGUUUGCACGUGGCUAUGGCCCAGCAGCAGUUGGUAACCGUGCUGAUGCCGAGAAGUACACCUACGCGUCAGACUAAAGAGGGCUCCUUUAAAAGUAAAAUGGACAGUGCGCGAGUGGUCGGAAAUUUAUCGGACAAGAUCGAGUUACCCAGGCCAAGGAAAUACAGCGAGAUAGACGUCGGCUACACAUUCAAGACCCAUCAGUAUAUUCCGAGUAAAGAGCUGUUGAUGCAGGAGUUUUCCAGACCGGUUCAGAGGAAACACCUCAGCGGACGACCACCUCAACCUCUCCCUGUUAAAGAAAGAUCUAAUACCACGUGGCAGACCGAAUCCUCAGGUUCAGGUGAAUAUGCCAUACCAGGUGAACAAACGCCAGAGCCUCCCCCUAGACCCGAUAAACUUACAUUGAACCUGAAAAUAAAACCUGUCCAAGUGAUCCAGAGAAGACGUUCGAUUGCGGAGCCCCGCCCAGUUAGUCUGGAGAUGCCAUCACCGUCAGAUUUUGAGAACAAGACGGGAACGGGUCAGAGUUCAGGAUCAGGAGCAAGUUAUCUCUCUAUAAGUCAAAUAAAUGGUCGCAUAUCUGUAAGCCCAGCUCACAUUCCUUCGUCUAAAUCUGAACAUCCCUUGAGCCCAAAGGAGCAUCCUCUCUAUAGGUCGUGCAGUGAUCCUAAUAUUCUGGACAGUAUUG